GAAGAUGGCGGAAGCGGAGUAGUGUUCUGUCAUCACCUGUUUUGGUUUCAAGACAUUCAUCUUCCUUCAACAAUAAAAAGAUUUAAGGACCACGGUACAGCUAUGGAUAGUGAACCAAACCCUGGGACGUCUUCAGUGUCGACGACAACCAGUAGCACCACCACCACCACCAUCACCACUUCCUCCUCUCGAAUGCAGCAGCCACAGAUUUCUGUCUAUAGUGGCUCAGACCGACAUGCUGUGCAGGUAAUUCAGCAGGCGCUGCAUCGCCCUCCCAGCUCCGCGGCGCAGUAUCUGCAGCAGAUGUACGCCGCGCAGCAGCAGCACCUGAUGCUGCACACGGCGGCCCUCCAGCAGCAGCACCUAAGCAGCUCCCAGCUUCAGAGCCUUGCUGCCGUUCAGGCAAGCUUGUCCAGUGGAAGACCACCUACAUCCCCCACAGGGAGUGUCACACAACAGUCAAGUAUGUCUCAGACAUCUAUCAACCUCUCUACUUCUCCUACACCUGCACAGUUAAUAAGCCGUUCCCAGGCUUCCAGUUCUACCAGUGGCAGUAUUACCCAACAGACUAUGUUACUAGGGAGUACCUCCCCUACCCUAACGGCAAGCCAAGCUCAAAUGUAUCUCCGAGCUCAAAUGCUGAUUUUCACACCCGCUACCACUGUGGCUGCUGUACAGUCUGACAUUCCUGUUGUCUCGUCGUCAUCGUCAUCUUCCUGUCAGUCUGCAGCUACUCAGGUUCAGAAUUUAACAUUACGCAGCCAGAAGUUGGGUGUAUUAUCUAGCUCACAAAAUGGUCCGCCAAAAAGUACUAGUCAAACUCAGUCAUUGACAAUUUGUCAUAACAAAACAACAGUGACCAGUUCUAAAAUCAGCCAACGAGAUCCUUCUCCAGAAAGUAAUAAGAAGGGAGAAAGUCCAAGUCUGGAAUCACGAAGCACAGCUGUCACCCGGACAUCAAGUAUUCACCAGUUAAUAGCACCAGCGUCAUAUCCUCCAAUUCAGCCUCAUCCUCUAAUAAAACAUCAGCAGAUUCCUCUUCAUUCACCACCUCCCAAAGUUUCCCAUCAUCAGCUGAUACUACAGCAGCAGCAACAACAAAUUCAGCCAAUCACACUUCAAAGUCCAACUCAAGACCCACCGCCCUCCCAGCACUGUAUGCCACUCCCAAACCACGGCCUGCCUCCAGCCCCCAGCAGUUCCCAGUCGCAGCAUUGUUCACCAAUUCAGAGUCAUCCCCCUCCUCUGGCAAUGUCUCCUAGCCAGUCACAGUCAGCACAGCAGUCUGUAGUGGUGUCUCCUCCUCCACCUCAUUCACCAAGUCAGUCUCCUACUAUAAUCAUUCAUCCACAAGCACUUAUUCAGCCACACCCUCUUGUGUCAUCAGCUCUCCAGCCAGGGUCAAACUUGCAGCAGUCCACCCCUAAUCAGGUGCAGCCUACAGCACAGCUGAAUCUUCCAUCCCACCUUCCACUUCCAGCUUCCCCUGUUGUACACAUUGGUCCAGUUCAGCAGUCCGCCUUGGUGUCCCCAGGUCAGCAGAUUGUGUCUCCAACAUCACACCAGCAAUAUUCAACCCUGCAGUCCUCUCCAAUCCCAAUUGCAACCCCUCCACAGAUGUCGACAUCACCUCCAGCUCAGAUUCCACCACUGCCCCUGCAGUCUAUGCAAUCUUUACAAGUGCAGCCUGAAAUUCUAUCCCAGGGUCAGGUUUUGGUGCAGAAUGCUUUGGUGUCUGAAGAGGAGCUUCCAGCUGCAGAAGCUUUGGUCCAGUUGCCAUUUCAGACUCUUCCUCCUCCACAGACUGUUGCGGUAAACCUACAAGUACAACCACCAGCACCCGUUGAUCCGCCAGUGGGAAUGCAUUUGAACCAGUGUCAUCUGCACAAAGUUUUUUCUCUUAAGGUUUAUCAAGUAGAAGAUGUCUGUGAAGAAGAAAUGCCAGAAGAGUCAGAAGAGUGUGUCCGGAUGGAUAGAACGCCACCACCACCCACACUGUCUCCAGCAGCUAUAACUGUGGGGAGAGGAGAAGAUUUGACUUCUGAGCAUCCCUUGUUAGAGCAAGUAGAAUUACCUGCAGUGGCAUCAGUCAGCGCUUCAGUAAUUAAAUCUCCUUCAGAUCCUUCACAUGUUUCUGUUCCUCCACCUCCGCUCUUACUUCCAGCUGCUACCACAAGAAGUAAUAGUACAUCUAUGCCCAGUAGCGUACCUAGUGUUGAAAACAAACCUCCACAGGCUAUUGUUAAGCCACAGAUUUUGACCCAUGUUAUUGAAGGUUUUGUGAUUCAGGAGGGAUUGGAGCCAUUUCCUGUGAGUCGUUCAUCUUUGCUGAUUGAACAGCCUGUGAAAAGAAGGCCUGUUUUGGAUAAUCAGGUGAUAAAUUCUGUGUGUGUUCAGCCAGAGCUGCAGAAUAAUGCAAAGCAUGCAGAUAAUUCAUCUGACACAGAGAUGGAAGACAUGAUUGCUGAAGAGACAUUAGAAGAAAUGGACAGUGAGUUGCUCAAGUGUGAAUUUUGUGGAAAGAUGGGGUAUGCUAAUGAGUUUCUUCGGUCAAAACGAUUCUGCACUAUGUCAUGUGCCAAAAGGUACAAUGUUAGCUGUUCUAAAAAAUUUGCACUUAGUCGUUGGAAUCGUAAGCCUGAUAAUCAAAGUCUUGGGCAUCGUGGCCGUCGUCCAAGUGGCCCUGAUGGAGCAGCAAGAGAACAUAUCCUUAGGCAGCUUCCAAUUACUUAUCCAUCUGCAGAAGAAGACUUGGCUUCUCACGAAGAUUCUGUGCCAUCUGCUAUGACAACACGCCUGCGUAGGCAGAGUGAGCGGGAAAGAGAGCGUGAGCUUCGGGAUGUGAGGAUGAGGAAGAUGCCUGAAAACAGUGACCUGCUACCAGUUUCACAAACAGAGCCAUCUAUAUGGACAGUUGAUGAUGUCUGGGCCUUCAUCCAUUCUUUGCCCGGCUGCCAGGAUAUCGCAGAUGAGUUCAGAGCACAGGAGAUUGACGGACAGGCUCUUCUCCUGCUCAAAGAAGACCAUCUCAUGAGCGCGAUGAAUAUCAAGCUGGGCCCGGCCCUGAAGAUCUGUGCGCGCAUCAACUCUCUGAAGGAAUCUUAACAGGAUCAUGAGGCCUUGAGAUAACAGCAAUUGUAUUCUUAAACAAACUUGUAAGGGUAAAGGCUCAAGUUGGCCUAAAAUACUAUCACUUACUGUGGCGGAUAGCCAAGCACAUUGAGAUCUCUGCAUCAAAGGCUGACAUUUCUUGUACAGAUACAAUAAUUCAUUAUACAUUUUCAUAAUUAGCUAACAUGGGUGAAUUAAUUUUACAGGUUACACACAACGUUGAAAGACUUGUUACAGAGGGUCAUGAUAUUUUUCAAAGUGUUUUACUAGAUAAUUUUUUAAAGGUGAUGUUUAUCAUUAAUAUAAAAAUCCUUUUGAAAGUAAUUUAAUAAUUUACAUUUCUCCUCUUUUGAUUUGGUUUUCUUAUACAUUUUUCUACCCUAUAAGUUUUCUAUAGGUUGUCAUGAGAGAUAUAAUUUAGGAGUAAUUUAGGAAUAAUUUUGGAGUCCAGUGACUGGAAUUGUAUGCAAUGAGAUAUCAGUGUAUGUUUUUUAAAAAAAUGUAUGUUAAACAGUUGCUUUAUCUAUAAAAAGAAUUGCAUUCUAGCAUGAAUAGUACUGAUCUGGAAGUUAGAAGAUUUGGUUUCUGUUCCAAACUUGACCAAGAAUUUGGUGUGACGGAGGAAGUUCGUUUUCCUCUUAGUUUUUGUUCAUUUAGAGCAGUGGUUCUAAAUGGAGGUCAGUUUUGUUCCCCAGGGGACAUCUGACAGUGUCAAGGGACACUUUGGCUGUUAUAGCCUCGGGGCGGGGUGGGGAGGGCUGCUGUUGGUAUCUGGCGUGUGGAGGACAGGGAUGUCACUAAAUGUCCUACGAAUGCACAGCAGAGUUGCUUGGUCCAGAAUGUCAGUAGUGCCAAGGUUGAGAAACCAUAAUGUAGGAGUGAUUAAUGCUGGUCUUUUUCACCCAGAGGGAUAUUUUGGGGGAAAAAAAUAGAUGGGAAGUAAUAAGGAAUACAUCAUAUAAUGGAAAUAUUUCAGAUAGCAUUAAUGUUCUGCUGGAAUAUUAUUCCCAGCUUUAUGCAUUCUAGAAAAGGGGGAAAUCCAUUAAGUUGGUAUAUAAAAUGAGGACAAACAUACCAAUAAUUUGACUCUCAGUAUUGAUUCAUAAUAAUAAUCUUUCAUAUCUCUCUGCACUGAUGAAGGCAUAAUAUGAUUAUGCCUUAAGAACCAGGGCUCAGCCUUUGCUGGCAGGGUGCUAGUUUGUAGUGGCUAUGUGGUUGGUCUUUGGAUUUUUCUAGUGUUGAACAAGGUGGAUCUAGCUAGAAUGCACAUUCCUUUUUCCUUGACUAAAUCCUUGUAUGCUUCCUGCAAAGCACUCUUGGAUAAAUUGAGUCUAAUUUUGUAUGUACAUGUUUUAGGGAAAAAAUCUUUAAAGUGAAACUUUUCAUUGAACAGUUAGUGUUGCGUUAGAAUUACAGCACUAAAAGUUGUUGUGGGAGCCCUGUAAGCUAUAUGUAGUCCUGGACAUCAAAAACAUUUGACUCUCUUAGCAUCUUCUCUCUACCACACAAUGGAAAUGUUUUAGUAAUUGAAGGAACAUACACAGAUAUUUGGCAGAAGUUCAGUAAGUGAGGAAGAGUCCAUGGGUUUCAGUCAUUGUCACUGAUCUUUUCAGAAAGAUUGUGUUACGCUAUUAGAAGACUAAAGAUGUCAUUAAAGACAUCACAGAUAUUUAUCUUUUGGCUUUGUGUACAUUAGAGAAUGUUGAUUAUUUUUAUACAAAAAUACAGCGGGUAAUUUUUUUAACCUUUAGAUGCCUCUUGUUUGAAUGUAUGCUUUGUGGGAUUCUUUUGUGUAGUAAUGUUUUUUUUUUAAAAAAAAAGAUGUUUACUGAUAGUUAUGUGUAGGAUUAGAAUAUGUAAUAUAGUAUAAGGCUCAUGUUCCAGACCUACAAUAGCUUGUAGUAUAUGUCACAUAUUUCUUUUAUAUCACAUUUUUAAUUACUGGAUUAAAGUUUCAAGGAAAGGUAGGUACUCUACAGUCAGUUUUCAUUUAUUAGCAGUUAAUCUUGAUGACAAGAGCUGUCAUAUGCUUUGACUUUUCCCCUCAGCUUGCAACUCUGGGACACAAGUAAAGGCUAAGCGUUAGUAGGAGCUGGUCCACUGUAUGGGGGCUGAAGGGCACAAAGGAAACUCUCUCCUGGAACUAAAACUGUCAUAGACGAUCCAUAGGCACAGUUCACACAAAAUUGAUUCUCUGGGGAUAGACUCCUCUGGCAGUAAUGAUCACCUCCCAUAACUAUAUUGUCGAUAUUUAGCCUUUAGGGUGUGGACUUGGAGCUGCGUCCCAGGUCCUCCUCCUGCUCGCUCGCUCUUCUGAUGCCGGUCGUCGUCUGCCUGCCCAGAGCCCCUGUGCCUCACACCGUGCUGGCGUCCACGGACACUUACGAGGGGGGUUCCACUGGAGAGCUCCUUAUAAUCCUAAAUCUUGUAAUACUGGUAAAAACAGUCCGGAUCUUCUGUUGUCCCCACUCAAAACAUACUUAAAAACACACUUGCUUUUUUUUCCCAGUUUAUUUUAGAAAUGGCUCAUUGACUUUUAAAGUAGUAGCUUUACCAUUGACACAGCUGUUUUCUGGAUGAUUUAAUCAUGUGAGUUCUAAAAUUUCGGUUAUAUAUUUAAUGGAUAUAGAUGAUAACACUGGAUGCCCACCUCCCUCCUAAGCUCUAAGCACAGUUUUAAUAUGAAAUAGGUGGGGAGAGUGCUGUUAUUCUUAUUUUCCUUCAUAUUACUACCUGUUUCAGGAUUUUGAUUAAGAGGGAAUGAUAAGCAGAAAGGGGACAUGGGAAGUUCUUCUUUUUGCUACCUAAGUUUGCAUUUUCUGACUUCUUCAUACUAAGGCACUCUUCUCCCGUUGAGGAAGGAAAUCCCUACAAGUCUGAAAUUUUACUUGCGUUAAGCCACGUGUGCUUAAAAAAGUAAACAGCUGGUUUGUAAAAAUUGUUUCUUACGUGAUGCACAUUUUCCUCAAGCCUUACGUGGGCAUGUGUCUUACACAGCAGUGCAGCUUUGAUAAGAUCACUGUGAGAGUGCUGUCCCACAGCCUGUCGCUUUCUAAGGGGCUGGUUAUUUUCCCAUGAUGGUACUUUUAAUUUGCUGGGGCAUUCUCUAAACAGACCCUUUCUUAAAGUCCUAGUUUAAGGGCUGUCCCCUCUGAACAGAGAAUGUGGAAUAGAAGGAAAGCAAUGUUAGUGAUGGAGCUUGAGGAUUGGAGAGAAGCAGACAAGAGACCUGCCACUUUUAGUUAUCCCACCUUAACACUGAACACAUCUCUAUACUUUUGAAGUUACUACUCAUUUUACCUAGUUUUAAACAGAUUUAAAUAGAAAAAGAAUUUUUUAGGUAGCCCACUUAAAUUUUCAACAUAGCUAAUUUUCCCAUAUCUAGUGUGAUAUUAUAGUCAGUGUAUUCAAAUACCAGUCUUGGAUUGAAAUCUGUUCUAGUGCCUCAUGUCACUUGACUUGUUCAGCUAAAUGUUAUGAAAACCCAUUGUUUGCAUUUGCAAGGUUUUGGUACCAUCAUGGCAUAAAGUAUGGUAGUGAGGCAAUGCAUAGAUUGUGUGUAAUUUUAGGCUGUGUUUACAUGUGUGUAAAGAAUUUUGGAAAGAAGAAACUAGUACAGAUGCAUGGGAAAGAUGCUGUCUUCAUAGCCAUAUCAAGUGGAAGAAAUCCCUGGCUGGACAUACUGUUAGAACAUUUAAAAAAUGUAUUUUCAACUAGAACAGCUUGGUUAUAUUUUGUGGUUUGAAGAUCCUCCCCCUCAUUGAAUGGCAAGAACUCAUGCUGCCUCUGAGCAAGGGGCAUUGAGGAGCACUAUUGCCUAAUAGGAUGAAAGGGCCUCAUUCCCCCUUACCUCCUCAAGCCCGAAGGAGACUGCUAACUUUCUUCUUUGCUUGAGAAGCCCUACAGAAGACUCUGUAGGAGGGUUAAUUUCAGCAGGAAUUUCUAACACCUGACACUCGGCUCAUGUCUUUGAGCAGCCUCUGGGCAGUAGAGAGGCUGUACAGGGCAAUACACCGGCCACUCUGCGCGAUGUAUCCUCAGUUGUUUUCUGCACACUGCCAGUGGGCCUUGGGGACGGGCUUCUAGGGGAAAUGACAGGGAAGUGGAGGAAGAGACAGCAAGAAAAGCAUUCCAGACCCAAGAGGAUAAUUCAGUUAACUGAGUGAGGUUGUGUUGUAUAGAUAUGGCCGUUCGUAGUUCAAAUGAAUUGUAAUGGUUGGGUUCCAUUUACUGCAAUAAACAGUAUAUAGGGUUUUUUUUUUCCCCCCCUUAAUGUCAAGAUUUACCUGCAAUCAGAGUCAUUCUUUUACUCUCCUGAUCAAAUGAUCCUGCCCUUAGGAGCACAUUAAUAGUUCUAGUGAUACAUACAUCGGUGAUUUUUGACUUCUGAGAAAGGUUAACAGCUGGUAUAGUUGGGAAGAGUAUUUGUCAAGAACACAAAGGUUUUAUGAGUUAUCAGAAUUAUAUAGAGGAGAGAGUAUCUGUUUUCAGGUACUCCAGAUCAACCAACCUAGUGGAUUUAAUACAAAGAGAGGCAUUCUUAGGAUAGUAUUUUGUUAGGUUGUGUCUUGGUCUAAGAAUCGGAUGACUGGAGUUGUAGGGUUCUGUUUUCUUAUUGUGGAUUUCAUUAACUACAAGCCUACCUCUUUCUUUGAUGCACAGUAGUGUGGUUCUUGAAAAAACUGUUUAAUCUACUUUCAUAAAAAUUGAUAUUUCUGAAUCUGUUUAGAGCAUUUGAUUUUUAUCUUAACAGUUGUGAUUCAAUUAAAUAAGCACAAAUGCAGUAUUAGGGAAAGUAAAUAUGCAAUCUUAUUAAAAUUUAAUUUCAGCCUAUAAGCUGUACACUUUAAAAAGAUUCUUUGGGAAGAUACUCCUUUUUUGUUAGAAGUUCAAAAAAUAUCAUAUAGUUUGACUCAUAGCACUAAUACAAGCCAUUUCUUCAGUAAAAAAUGUUGAAAAUUAUAUUAUCUUCUUUGGAAAACUCCUAAAUUUCUAAGAAUUUUUUAAAGUUUUUACAUAUUAUUUUUCAGAGCUUAUUUAAUCUAUUUUAAAAUAAUACUAUGAUAGUUGUUUUUAAAAGUUGUAAAGCAUUAGUACAAAUAAUAAUCAUCAUCAUAUUCCAGAGCAGAACAUCUGGCUUUUUCUGAACUUGCAUUUUAGUAUACUUGCAUGAGAAGGGAGACCUGCCCUCCCCCUGAAGCCCAGCUUCUCUAAUGAAAGCUCUCCCGUUCUACUCUGACACACACCUCUUAAGGUGCCAUGUUCAUGGAAGCUUUGGGAAAUGCUUUCCACAGUUUUAUUUUUUUCCCCCUUUGAACAGCUUGUGAAUAUUUAACUUUAGUUAUUAAAGGUGACUAUUUCAGCCUCAGACAUUAGGGAAGAAGUAUAUUGAAACAUUUUUCUCUACUGCCUUUGAAAAGUACAGUUGCUGUCAGUGAUACUGGUGGUAUCAGUAUGAAUCCAUAGAAAGAAAACCUGUGCCAGGGUUUUAAAAUAUUUUAAAAAGUAAUGAAUGAAAUUUAAUUUGGACAGAAGAAAUCAAUAUAAACUUUAAACACUUAUGCUAACAUGGUACAGUUUUAAAUGUAAGUAAUAAAAAUAAGUCCUUUUAGACCGCCUAUUUAAAUUGACGCCAGUAAUCUUAAGGAUUGAUAGUAGUUGUCACUUACUGACUUAAAAGUUAUACUUUAGGGACUGUUAUCAGUGUUAAAUCCUUGAUUUUGUGGAGCUUUAAUGGAUGGAGGUGAAAAAGUUGAUUAUAAGAGAGUGGUGAGGAAUGGUAGUGAAAUGAACAUCAGCCUAUUUUAGAAAAGGAACUUUAGUCUUGGCUUAAGCAAACCAGAUGUAUUCAUUGCUAAAAUCUUUUAUAAUACUUAGUUAAAACCAGAAUUCUAUUUUAGGUAGUACUAAAUAAUUACUUCAGUAGCAAAUAAUAAGUGGACAUAAUCACUGAAUGAACAUGGUAAGUGAAGAUAAAAUACUGGCUGGGAGACUGGAGUUUUACCUCUAGUUCAUAAAUUAGCUGUGUGACAUCUUAGGCCAUUACUAAGCUUAUAACCUGUUCCCUCUUCUGAAUAUUCAGUAUGGAGCCUGUACUACUCAAAAUGUUGAUUUUGUUUAAAUCAUUGUUAAGCUGUAUAAACUAUGAUUCCAGACCACAUAGUGGGGUAUUUCUUAAAGUUGCUCCUACUUAUUUCUUUUUUUAAUGGUUUGUUUCACCCUUAAGAGCUUUGGCUAAAAGAUAAUUAUUUAUUAUGAUUCAUUUCCUGGGACACCCACAGUCUUUGUUCUCCUUAGGAUUAAGGUAGAAUAUUCACACAGAUGAGCUAAUUGAGAUUUUUCUAAAUGCUUGCUAAAAUCACUAAACACUGUCAGUUCAUUUAUCCAUUCAUUUAGCAAACCAUUUGAACAUUCACUAUGUCGUGUGCAGUGUGUGGUUGGUAUACCUGACUUAAGGAACUGGUAAUAACAAAAUCCUCUCUUGUCCUCAGUUUUGAUUGUGGCAUAAACAAACAUGUAACUAUUAUUACUUAAUGCAGUGAAUAUAAAGUUGGAGCCGAUUUAUGCAUUGGGUAAAGGAUUAAGCUAGGUGAUAUCCAAGGGGUCUGGCUGAAUCAUAUCACAAUUCCUAUAACAUUUUGCAUACUAAUCCACAUACCUGAUUAGGUUAUAAAAUUAAAGGUACUUAAUAUUAGGAUUUACAUUUUGAAACUGUUUUAACAGCCCAUAUUUCUCAAUUACUUUGACACUUGAGUCUAUUCCAGAGGUGUUGAUAUGCAGGGUGUGUGACGACAAUUACAAGGAAGCUGGUGCUGGCUUACUAGAUAUAUUUUGUACUAUGAAAGCUUUACACCCAGUAUUGACAGUGCAGUAACUUCUGAAAACUGAAAAAUCUCUAAGGAGCUUGCUAAACAGAUUUAGUUUUUGUGUUCUUUUUAAAGCAAGAAAUACUACAUAAAAUCCUACAAUUAUCACAAAUAUCUACUUUUUAGAAAGCACACAUCUUUUACAUAGUAAAAGGGUUUCCUUUAACAUGCGGAACCUGUAAACAAUAAAACAAGUUCUGUGCUUGGAGCUUGAAUUUACAAAUAUUUGGGGAGCAAACAGAAUGGGAGGAUCGAUUUAAUUGGGUAGAGGUUUCCUUGCCACCAGAGGAUUCUGAGUUAAGGUGUAAUUUCCCAUUUGACACAACUUUAUAUAUUUCUCCAUAAAGAUGCAAAAUGAAAAAAACUUUUCUGUAUUAUAGUUAACAGCUUUUUAAAGCAGGUAAAUGUCCAAAUAAGUGUUAAGAAUAGAAUCUGUAGUAAAGUGUUUGUAAAUAGGAACACUAACAUCCAAGUAACCAGAUAGUCUGGGUUUAAAAAAUUUUUUCCAUGGUACUGGUUAAAACUUUUAAAGUAUUUUAGUUUACCUAGUUUUUCAAAUAUUUUUGCUGUUAAAAUAUUACAUAAAUAUUUUUUGUAUGUGUAUUCUAAAUUUUAAAAAACCAGUUUGAGUGUGCAAAGAUAGUAAUAAUUUUAGACAUCUAAUUUCCAAGACAUUUAACUAGAUUCUCAAUCACCUCAUUCAAAAGCAUGUUUUUUUCCAUAGGAAAAAAAAGUCAAAGUAAGCUCUAAAAAUUAUCCUCAAAGUAAGGGGUGAGCUUGUGCUGAAGGUUGGAGUUGCAGACAGCAGUGUGCAAAAUGGAGGCUGACACGGGUGUCGGGCAUUUCAAGCCUCUGUUGAACUAGUCCUUUUUGUCUUCUUGCUUGUUGAAAGCAUGCUUUUUGCUGUUGAUUUAACAAAGGCAGAUUGUGAUAAAUUUUUUUAAAAAAACUUUAUUUUUGAUGCUUCAAGCACAUGUUAACUGAUUUUUUAAAUUCCUCCUUUUGGUUCCUCCCAUUGCCCUAAAAUAGGAUUUUCAUGUUUUAAAACCUCAAAACACUGAACCACACAGGAUGAACAAAAAGCAUCACCAAGGGGAAAGAAAUCAUUUAUCUUUACAAAAAACAAAUGUUAAGAUUAUGUAUAGAUGUAUUCUUUAUGUUGGAUAUUGUACUGGAGUCCUCCUUACAAGAAAUGAAAUAGUUCUAGAACUCUUAGCAUUAGCGUUCCUAGAUUGGUGUCUGUAGCUACCAGUUUUAAAAUGUAUAACCUGAAAAUGAAGUUAAUUUUGCAUUAUAAGAGCACACCAUGAUCUAUGUAAAAAGAUUGUCCAUUUGGUGUAUUUUUUUAAAAGAGAAAGCACUUUCAUAUUAACAGUAGCAUGUGUAUGAAUUUUAGAUUUUCAUAUUUGUUGUGUCUGUAUUCAGUGAAGUAAAAUUGAACAUUCAGAUAUUUGUUGAUGGCAACAUUAACUGUUAAAUUAAAGCACCUUAUACUCUGCUGCUUAAACUUGCUUGUAAUUGCACCUUUGUUAACCUGCACAUUUUCACAUAGAAUAUUGUUGUAACAUUGCUUCAUGUGGGUCUGGAUGGAAGGUUAGUGGGCCUACAGGAUCAUUUAUUUAUAUUGUUUAUAUUACAAUAAUAUAUUGUAGACCAGUUGUAAGUUCAUUUCUUUACAAAUAAAAGCUUCUUCCAUUUG